CGGCCUUCAUCGCGCAGACCACCCCGCGGCCGGCAGGCGUCAUGGAGGACGUCGGCUCGAGCGUGAAUGCGGACGCGGAGGUGCGGAAGCUGCAGGAGCUGGUGAAGAAGCUGGAGAAGCAGAACGAGCAGCUUCGCAGUCGCCACGGCGCUCUGCCCGCCGCCCCCGCCAGCCCCAAGCGCCUCCUCGGCGGCGGGGCCUCCCCUUCGCCCCCCACCGCCGCCUCUCCGUCCGACGGCCGCUGCCUCAGCCCCAGGGCCGCGGCACGGCGGCCGCCCCCCGAGGAACCCGGCGGCGGCGAGAGCGACGGCCCGCCGGACGACGCGGCGCCUCUCCGGCCCGACGAGCUGGAGCGCCUGGCGUGCUGCGAGGAGGACGAGGCCAGCUGGUUACACACGUCUCCAAAGAAGAGACUGACUCCAAUGCAAAAAUGUGUCAGCCCAUUAGUUUGGUGCAGGCGGGUGUUGGAUUACCCAAGUCCUGACAUUGAAUGUGGUAAAAAGUCACUGAUCCACAGGCUGGAACAGAUGAUGUCAGCUGUGAAGAGACAGAGUUUGUACAACAGUCCUUUCAGUGCAGUCAGCUAUGCCAGCUCCUAUAGUCCAAAUACCAGUAGCCCCUACAGUAGUGGUUUCAACUCUCCCUCCUCAACACCAGUGAAAUCUGCGUUAGCGAAACAGUUCAUAUCUCCGGGUGCCUCAGGUCAUCUUAAAAGCUCAGCUGAUAGGAAUCCUCCACUAAGCCCACAGUCUUCUGUGGACAGUGAAUUAAGUGCAUCAGAGAUGGAUGAAGACUCUAUUGGGUCUAAUUACAAGCUAAAUGAUGUUACAGAUGUGCAAAUUUUAGCACGAAUGCAGGAAGAAAGCCUCCGGCAAGAGUACGCAGCAUCGGCUUCUCGGCGUAGUUCUGGUUCUUCUUGCAAUUCUACCAGGCGAGGCACAUUCAGUGACCAGGAGCUCGAUGCACAGAGUUUAGAGGAUGAAGAAGAUGGCACACAUCACACAGUGCACCCUGCCGUCAGCAGGUUCUCACCGUCACCUCGUAGUUCUCCCUGGCCUUCACCAAAACAGUCUCCAAGGAAUUCUCCUCGUUCCCGAUCACCUGCUCGAAGUAUAGAAUACAAUAGAGUGUCACCCCAGCCUAUGAUCAGCCGUUUACAGCAACCUCGUCUUUCACUUCAAGGCCAUCCUACAGAUAUGCAGACCAGUAAUGUCAAAAGUGAAGAAAAACUAAGGCGUAGUCUUCCAAACCUGUCCAGGACAUCUAACAUCCAAGCUGAGUCUGUGAAAAACAGCAGAAGUGACUCAAACUUCCAAGUGCCAAAUGGAGGAAUACCUCGCAUUCAACCUCAAGCCUCAGCCACUCUGCAAAGGCAGAAAAAUUUGCCUCGCGCUGCCUUCAAAACCAAACAGUUUCUUCAAACUCCAUCUGCAAAAGGAGUACCUUCGUCAAGUAAAUUCCGCUCACCCGCAGCGCCGUCUCCCCUUGCUCUGCGGCAGCCGCUGAAAGCGUUUGGUAACCACGGACCUGCUUCUGUUGCUCCUCUGGAAGCCACGCAGCUGACACACAGCAGUUCUUCACCGGGGCCUCUUGCAGCUCAGAGUUCAGGCUUGCCCAGCCCUGCCAGCGGUGUUAACAGCACCACCCUCACCAGGCCGGCAGGGACAACGGGAAUGAGGAGUGGUUUGCCCAGACCCAGUGCCCCUUCCACGGGGGGCAUCCCAGUGCCUCGUAGCAAACUUGCACAGCCUGUUCGCAGGUCAUUACCUGCUCCCAAAACCUACAGCAACAUGAAAGAUGAGAGUUGGAAAGAUGGCUGCUAUUGAACUGCAGAGCUUAAUGCAAAGUUCCAGUGCUCAUGGAUGCUUCCUCCCCAGGCUAACACACAGCUUGAUUCUACAGACUGUUCGGAUGUGACUUUUGGGAUUUGUAUGAAUUCCAGACCUCUCUGUCUCUAAUUAGCACAAGCUGGCAGAGAUUAUAAAGCAGCACUUUAAUGACAUCUAACAUCAGAUGUUUGGUGGUCAUACAAUCACUUUCACAUUAAAUUGCUCUCAGUUA